UGGCUUCUUUUAGUUUUCAACUAAUAAAACAAUCAUUUGGUUUAGGGUGAUAAGAUUUUUGUCUUCUAAGCUGCCAACAUUAAGAAAUAAGAGGGGUUGAGUCACCUAAUUAAUUAAUGUAUACUCUAGAUUAUUAAUUCUCGCUAAUUGUUUCUUUAUGGGAUCGAAACACUUUGCAACUAAUCAAAUCCAAAAUAUUUAUUUACAAAUUAUAACAAUGAAUAUUAGGUUAGACAAAAGAGGGGUUGGUGUGUGAACUAAUGCAUCAUCCAUUGUCAUUGUACAAUGAAGUUGAUUGGGCUCCACGCGUUAUUAAUUUUGUCACAUUCAUCACCUUGACUAAAGCUCAAUGAUGAUUCAUCAAAGAAAUAAGGCCCCAUAAUGAAAAAGCAUCCUAAAAUGCACACCCAUAAAUUAGAUAUCAAAACUAUUCUUCUUCCAUUAAAAAUAGUCAAUAUUCAAAAUAGUCAUAUAAAUGUGGACCCGAUCAUGUGUCACCGUUUGUCGGUAUAAUCCUAUUCGACUUUUGAAUGGAGAUAAGCUCAAAUGAAAAUUUUUAACUUUGCUUAACGAGUGGUAAAACGGGUCUCUUCACAUCCAACUCGAAAGUAGGAGUUGAGAAGAGAGGAAAAUGUUCGGACCCAAAUUUGAAUGACAUAAAAUAUAUCACAAAUGCACUAAAGCAUGUUCUACAACUACGAGUAGCUACAAUAGUUGAGAUGAUAAAACCACAUCGAGAUGCACUUGAAUGUGUAAUGUGUUGCGAGGUUGCACACUAGUGAUUAGAAGUAACUCAUCCAUUUCGUAUGAAAAUUAACCAUUUUUAUACCAAUCCGACAUAGCCCAUCAACACAAAAGGGAACCUGAAAAAAUUAAAUUCAAUUACCAUACGACGUCUGGAUGAAAAUAUAUUUAAAAACUUGGAAACGACAAUUUAAUAAGUAAUUAACUCACUAAUCAAUCUCGCUAAUAACUUCAACCCACCAGAAUUAAAUAGAGAGUAAGUUCAGACCCCGAAGCCCAAAACCCUCUCUUUCUCUCCCCCAUCUUCCCGAUUUUCCUUCCCACAGGAGAAAACGACCGCCAUAAACAAAUUUCUUAGUUAUGCCCUUUUUGGGCCUUCGGAAUAUCACGUCGACAGAAAGAUCAGGAUCUCAGGAGAUAGAGAGAGGGGUAGUGGAAGAUUAGAUUAGGUAAAGGGGGAAAAGAAAGCACAGAACCCAGCUGAUGGGGAAGACCAAGGUGAAAUUCUCCUUGUGAUUUGAGCUGGUGGAAGAGAGAGUGAAAGUUGGAAUCUUUUCUUUUAUCUACUCGUAUGGAAUGCCAUCACCACCUUACCACAAUCAGCAGCAGACGAGGAGAAGGAAUAAAGUGGGGGAGAAGAAGAAUUGCUGCAGCUGUUUUGGGUUCUGGGUUUGUGCUCAAAAGAUCUUUCUCCUCAACAGUUGAAGUUGAAACUUAGGAUCAGUUUCUUUUUUCUGAAUCCCAGUAUAGUUGCAAUGAGUCAGCACCAUAAACUUGGAUUUAUUCUGUUCUUGCUCUUCUUUGGUCCAAUGGCAUCACUAUCAGACCCAGCAUUCGUCGGAACAUACGGAAUAAACUAUGGAAGACUCGCUGACAACAUUCCAUCCCCCGACAAAGUGGUCACUCUUCUCCGGUCAGCAAAGAUACGUAAUGUUCGUAUCUUUGAUGCUGACCACAGCGUGCUCACUGCAUUCAGUGGAGCAGGGUUCAAGCUCGUGAUCGGGCUUCCCAAUGGAUUUAUCAAAGACAUGAGCAGUAAUGCAAGCAAUGCUUUGAGCUGGGUCAAAGACAACGUCCAGAAAUUCAUGCCAGGAAUAUGUGGCGUGGCAAUAGGAAAUGAAGUUUUAGGAGGAAGCGAUGCCGAGCUCUAUGGUGCUCUUUUAGGUGCAGUCAAGAACAUCCACAGCGCUCUAAGCCAGCUCGGGUUAUCGGAUGCAGUUCAAGUCUCCACAGCUCACUCGCAGGCCGUCUUCUCCAACUCCUACCCUCCUUCCUCGUGUGUAUUCCGGGAGAACAUUGCUCAGUACAUGAAGUCGUUGCUGCAGUUCUUCUCGGAAGCAGGAUCCCCGUUCUGCUUGAACGCAUACCCAUUCCUCGACUACAUGAACGAUCCGGCAAGCAUCGACAUUAAUUACGCACUUUUCCAGAAGACGAAAGGGAUCUUCGAUCCGAAGACUGAGCUGCACUAUGAUAACAUGCUUGAUGCCCAGAUAGAUGCUGCGUAUGCUGCUCUGGAAGAUGCAGGGUUCGACAAGAUGGAAGUUAUAGUGACAGAGACGGGGUGGGCUUCUAAAGGUGACGGGAAUGAAGCUGCUGCAACCCCAGAGAAUGCAAGGAUUUACAAUUUUAACCUGCGUAAGAGGCUGGCAAAGAAGAAAGGCACUCCUAGGAGGCCGAAGAACGUGGUGAAGGCAUAUGUUUUUGCUACUUUUAACGAGAAUCAGAAGCCUGGUCCGACUUCUGAGAGGAAUUUCGGCCUCUUUAAGCCGGAUGGGAGCAUUGCCUAUGAUGUUGGGUACAAAGGGCUUACAUCUUCUUCUGCUGAUUCAAUAGUUCUGUCAUUGAAGGGUUUUCCAGCUCGAGGUUUAUUGAGGUCGUAUCAGUUGGUUUCGACAAUCUGUACCCUGGUAUUGCUUCUGUUGUUAAGACAGUGAUGUUCAAGAAACAAUUCAUCUUUUGUAAAGCAGGCACUCGGAGACCAACAACGGAAGAGAGUUCAGAUAGCUAUACAGAUGCAAUACGAAUUCAUGUCAAACUUCAACAGUACGUACCAAAUAAUAUUGGCUUUUUCUUGCUAUGAUAACAUAUUCCUUUAGAGAAAUGGCUGAUUGUCUUUAGCUCUCUAGCAAGAGUAUACCCUGCUGUACAAAAGGGCUAAGGCUGCUGCUCUGGUUCCUGAGGAACUUGAGCUGUAACAGGCGACAUAAAUCACAUCAAACCGAUCUGUUGAUCAAGCUAGCAACUUUUUGCUUUGACCUGAGACUGAGACAGACUUUGGCUUUACAGGUUGAAUUAGACAUGUUUCUAAUUGGGGGCCUGUAGUCUCAAUCCGAAGAGAACAAAGUAAUAGGCUUUCC